UAUCGAUAUGUGAACAUAUCUAGCACGACGGCAGCAACAAAACCACGAAUUAAUUUUUCUAAAUUUAAGCCAAACGCGCUUCGAAAAUGCCUGGAAAAUGCGAUUGAAUGAACGCGAAGAGUGAUUGAUUGCGAACGCGAGUGAAUUAAGUGAAAAUACGUCGGCGAAUAUCAGCGAAUUGUCGUCAAAAGGCAAGGAAAAACGGAGAAAAAGAGGAAAAGCAAUAAGUGCCGUGUGUGGGAAACGCGAAAAAGGCGAGAACAAAGAGGCGAAAAGCAAGGAAAUUGCGUGGAAAACGUGGAAAUCGCGAAGGAGUGAAGCUCCAAGUUGGCCGCCAUCGAUUCGUGCGUAGGAUCAAUUAAGAUUCCGAGAGGCCGAGAAUCGGCUCAAAUCAAAUUAAAAUCAACUAAUAUUUUGGUAUUCAGAUAUUCAAAUGGCAUUCAUUCAUCGCCUGCGACUUUUAUUCGGAUCUGCCAACUAUUUUCGAAUUUGAAUUGUGUCUGCGGCGGGCGCAGAAUCUCUGAUAAAGCGGAGGAAUAAAAUCGGAAAACAACAAAUACAAACACAAAUGAAACGCGGGGAGCAGUAUUUACAUGCCAAAUGAAUGCUGGGUAGGCGAGCGGGGGUUUCUGUUAUAAUGCAAAUGCGAAUGUGAACGCGAAUGCGAAUGCGAGUGGAAGAAUUCCCGGCGCGAGUGAUAAAUAAUCCGACGACAAACAAAGCAGAAGCCUACACCGCGAGAAAGAGCAGUGCAAACACAUUUAUCUUUAUUGAGAGCAACAAAAUCAAGAUCGAGAUAAUAAAGCAUCCCAAACCCUCGCCUUAGUUCGUUGUAGUCACAGAUAUUCGCCACAGAUAUUCAAAGGCGAAAAGGUGCUCGGCAUCGCCAGACAAACGAGUAAUCCAUCUAUUUACGUGUAUUUCAUACAAAACAACCAAUUAAAUAAUAAUAAAAAUAAUAAUAAUCGUAGAGAGGCAGAGCCAAAUCCAAUUCCCGGCCGCCGAUGUGCCCCAGUGUGUGUGUGUGUGUGUGUGCUGUGCCAGUGUUAGUGUGUGGAGCAUUUCUGUGAUAUGAGUGCUAAAUGCCACAGGGCGAAGCAGCAGCAUCAUGCAUCCAGCGGGCGAAAAAAGGGGCGGUCGCCCCAAUGAUAAAUACACGGCGGAAGCCCUCGAGAGCAUCAAGCAGGACCUAACCCGAUUCGAAGUACAAAAUAACCAUAGGAAUAAUCAGAAUUACACACCUCUGCGAUACACGGCGACCAACGGACGCAACGAUGCACUUACUCCGGACUAUCACCACGCCAAGCAGCCGAUGGAGCCGCCACCCUCCGCCUCUCCUGCGCCGGACGUGGUCAUCCCGCCGCCGCCCGCCAUUGUAGGUCAGCCUGGAGCCGGCUCCAUAUCCGUAUCCGGUGUGGGCGUUGGAGUUGUGGGCGUGGCGAACGGACGAAAGAUGAUGACGGCCCUGAUGCCAAACAAGCUGAUCCGGAAGCCGAGCAUCGAGCGGGACACGGCGAGCAGUCACUACCUGCGCUGCAGUCCGGCUCUGGACUCCGGAGCCGGCAGCUCCCGGUCGGACAGCCCCCAUUCGCACCACACCCACCAGCCGAGCGCGAGGACGGUGGGGAAUCCGGGCGGAAAUGGUGGAUUUUCUCCGUCGCCAAGCGGUUUCAGUGAGGUGGCUCCACCGGCGCCGCCGCCACGCAAUCCCACCGCCUCCAGCGCGGCCACGCCCCCACCGCCAGUGCCGCCCACCAGCCAGGCGUAUGUGAAGCGGCGAUCGCCGGCCCUGAACAACCGCCCGCCGGCGAUAGCGCCACCCACUCAGCGGGGCAACUCACCUGUAAUAACCCAGAACGGGCUGAAGAACCCGCAACAGCAGUUGACGCAGCAGCUGAAGUCCCUGAACCUGUACCCCGGCGGAGGCAGUGGAGCAGUGGUGGAGCCACCGCCGCCAUACCUAAUCCAAGCCGGAGCCGGAGGAGCAGCUCCACCGCCGCCACCACCCAGUUACACGGCCUCAAUGCAGUCGCGGCAGUCGCCCACGCAAUCCCAACAAUCGGACUACAGGAAAUCCCCGAGCAGUGGUAUAUACUCGGCCACAUCGGCGGGCUCGCCGAGUCCCAUUACCGUGUCCCUGCCGCCGGCGCCGCUGGCGAAGCCACAACCACGAGUCUACCAGGCCAGGAGUCAGCAGCCAAUCAUCAUGCAGAGUGUGAAGAGCACGCAGGUCCAGAAGCCCGUGCUGCAAACGGCAGUGGCGCCCCAAUCGCCAUCGAGUGCCUCGGCCAGCAAUUCACCAGUCCACGUGCUGGCCGCUCCACCCUCUUACCCUCAGAAGUCCGCGGCAGUGGUGCAGCAGCAGCAACAGGCAGCAGCGGCGGCCCACCAGCAGCAGCAUCAGCACCAGCAAUCCAAACCACCAACGCCCACAACACCGCCUUUGGUGGGUUUGAACAGCAAGCCCAACUGCCUGGAGCCACCGUCCUAUGCCAAGAGCAUGCAGGCCAAGGCGGCCACGGUGGUGCAGCAGCAGCAGCAACAGCAGGUCCAGCAGCAGCAGGUGCAACAGCAGCAGCAGCAGCAACACCAGCAGCAGCAGCAGCAACUGCAGGCCUUGAGGGUGCUCCAGGCACAGGCACAGGCACAGAGGGAGCGGGAUCAACGGGAGCGGGAACGAGAUCAGCAGAAGCUGGCCAAUGGAAAUCCUGGCCGUCAGCUGCUUCCGCCGCCGCCCUAUCAGAGCAACAACAACAGCGAGAUCAAACCACCGAGCUGCAACAACAACAACAUACAGAUAAGCAACAGCAACCUGGCGACGACCCCGCCCAUUCCGCCUGCCAAAUACAAUAACAACUCCUCCAACACGGGCGCGAACAGCUCGGGGGGCAGCAACGGAUCCACCGGCACCACCGCCUCCUCGUCGACCACCUGCAAGAAGAUCAAGCACGCCUCGCCCAUCCCGGAGCGCAAGAAGAUCUCCAAGGAGAAGGAGGAGGAGCGCAAGGAGUUCCGCAUCAGGCAGUACUCGCCGCAGGCCUUCAAGUUUUUCAUGGAGCAGCACAUAGAGAACGUGAUCAAGUCGUACCGCCAGCGCACGUACCGCAAGAAUCAGCUGGAGAAGGAGAUGCACAAAGUGGGACUGCCCGAUCAGACCCAAAUCGAGAUGAGGAAAAUGCUGAACCAAAAGGAGAGCAACUACAUUCGAUUGAAGCGCGCCAAGAUGGACAAGAGCAUGUUCGUCAAACUGAAGCCCAUUGGAGUGGGUGCCUUUGGCGAGGUUACGCUGGUGAGCAAGAUCGACACCUCCAACCAUUUGUAUGCGAUGAAAACCCUGCGGAAAGCGGACGUUCUCAAGCGGAAUCAGGUGGCCCACGUGAAGGCCGAGAGGGAUAUCCUCGCGGAAGCCGACAACAACUGGGUGGUGAAGUUGUACUACAGCUUCCAGGACAAGGAUAAUCUGUACUUUGUGAUGGACUACAUACCAGGUGGUGAUCUGAUGUCGCUGCUCAUCAAACUGGGCAUUUUCGAGGAGGAACUGGCCAGAUUCUACAUCGCCGAGGUCACCUGCGCCGUGGACAGUGUCCACAAAAUGGGCUUCAUUCACAGAGACAUCAAGCCUGACAACAUACUCAUCGAUAGGGAUGGACACAUAAAGCUCACCGACUUUGGCCUGUGCACGGGAUUCCGAUGGACGCACAACUCGAAGUACUACCAGGAGAACGGCAAUCACUCGCGCCAGGACUCGAUGGAGCCUUGGGAGGAAUACUCCGAGAACGGACCCAAGCCCACCGUGCUGGAGAGGCGACGGAUGCGCGAUCACCAAAGAGUCCUGGCCCACUCGCUGGUGGGCACCCCGAACUACAUAGCUCCCGAGGUGCUGGAGAGGAGUGGGUACACGCAGCUGUGCGACUACUGGAGCGUGGGCGUCAUCCUCUACGAGAUGCUGGUGGGUCAGCCGCCCUUCCUGGCCAACAGUCCGCUGGAAACGCAACAAAAGGUCAUCAACUGGGAGAAAACGCUGCAUAUUCCGCCGCAGGCCGAGUUAUCCCGCGAGGCCACGGACUUGAUAAGGAGGCUCUGUGCGUCGGCUGACAAGCGGCUGGGCAAGAGCGUGGACGAGGUCAAGGGCCACGACUUCUUCAAGGGCAUCGACUUUGCCGACAUGCGGAAGCAGAAGGCGCCCUACAUACCGGAAAUCAAGCACCCGACGGACACAUCCAACUUUGAUCCCGUGGAUCCGGAGAAGCUGCGCUCGAAUGACUCCACCAUGAGCAGCGGCGACGAUGUCGACCAGAACGACCGCACCUUCCACGGCUUUUUCGAAUUUACCUUCCGUCGCUUCUUCGACGACAAGCAGCCGCCGGAUAUGACGGAUGAUCAGGCGCCGGUUUACGUCUGAAAAGAACAUCCAUGUGCCCAACACCAACACCCCACCCCACCCCCGAAUCAUUGUUAGUCAAAUAGUCACAAAGAGGGGAUAGAAACCAUCGAGUGGGCUUGCAUUGUAAAGAAAGCGUGGCUAUAGAAUGAAACUAUAUACAUAAUAUAAAUUAUAGGAGACAGUAGAGGCGGGAGCUACGUAUAUGCAUACAAAUAAUAUACAUAUAUAUAUACAUAUGCCCUAGGGCAUGAACUGAAUAAAUAUAAAACGGAGCCGAGUAGAGAUGAAACGAGAGGAGCGAGUCAGGACCUUCGACCUUUAACUGAACAUAGUAUAUCCUUCUGCUGCUCCACAACAAACGCUGUAACCAUACAUACAUAUAUAUUUAAAUUGUUAGAAUUCAAAGGGACCAACUGGAAAUCGAACCUUUCUGGUGCUCAAAGCAACGCAAAACAAAACGCCUUAAACUACGAGACGAGACGAGAUCGCGAAUUUACCCAACCCAACCACUCCACUCCUCUCCCUUCUCCACCUCCGAUCGGUGGCCGGAUUCGAACUCAGCAGGCUGGUUGAAUCCGGCCAUCCCACGACUUCCCAUUCAGCAUUGAGAUUGCGAGGUGCGCGAUGGAGAACGAACGGAGACCAGACGUCGCACGGCAGCGAUAUAAGCGGGUCUUAUAAGCCUAAUCUAAAUCUAAUCUGGGAAAACAGGACCCAUGUGUAAUCGGUGUCCUGCCAUCCAAUUCGUCUACCACUGCUCUUCAACUGUGUCCUCCCCAACAGAACAAACUUAGACGUAGCCUAUGUGAAAAGCUAGCAAUGUUAGACCAACUUGUUGAAUGCCAAAUGAAAUUGUUUAGCCCCACGAGGAAAGCGCGGGGGAAAUUCAACACUUAUUCUCUGAUAGCAAACGGAAAAAAACAGAAACAGCACGAGGAGAUGUGAGGAAAUUGUAAUCUUCUUAAUGUAAUAUUGUAAAGAACACGUUAAUUGUAAUCUAUGCUAGAGUUGUGUAGCGCCCUAAGAUGUUUUUUAGUUUAUAGACCGCUAACCGUAAUCUAGUUUAAUUCCUAACACUAAGCGAGAGUACAGUACAUCGGUUUUUUUGUUUGUCGUAGGUUCGUUGGAAAAUGCUUAACGGGAAACGAUUUGUUUUUCUCUUUAAUUAGCUUCAGUUUGUGUGUGCGUGUGUUUUUAUUGUGAAUUAUACAUAAUCCAUCUGAAUAUUCAGGGGUGGAGCCUAUUUUAAAUGUGAGAUCGAGCUAAUUGAAGGAAAUACAAACAAACUCUGUGUGCCUUGGCCAAUUAGUUUACUAAAGCAAAUUAAUAAAUGGAAAAGAAAACGUA